AUGCUACUUUUUCUGGAGGCGCUUUGGGGGGCAUUGGUGGCCGCAAAUCACGAGUUCAAUUGGAAGAAGGCUAAAGACGAGAUCCAGCAAAAUAUUAUCAAUAUCCCUGAAAAUACGGUCUAUGCUGUCGCCGAGACCGUGCGUUUAUACACGCAUGAAAUGAAAGAAGAUCUGGAGGGAGCGUUUGAAAAUGGAAAUGAAGAUGCACAAUAUGAGGACGAGGAUGAGAGCAAUAAUGAUGACAGCGGUAGUGACGACUGA